UUUCAUUUAUUGGUUUUGUCUGGUCUGCUGCCCUGAGUAGUUUAUUUCGGUUACCAACGGUUUACAGGAAAGAGGUUUCACCGGAGGAGGCGGAUACAUGAACACCUGCUGUAACUGGACAGUUAAUCUGCGCUAACCUGGUUCAGUCGUUGCAUUCGGCUGGUCGCUAGUCUGCUAAAGCUAAAGCUAAAGCAACAACAGCGUCGCUCCAGGCAGCAACAGCAGCAGUUAACGACUUAAUCACGUCCUCUUGUAGUCGUUUCGACACGGACGUGCUUUUCAGUGUGAUGGGAAACCAGCUGGCAGGGAUCGCCCCCUCUCAGAUCCUUUCUGUAGACAGUUACUUCUCAGACAUCCACGACCAUGAGUAUGACAAGAGUCUGGGCAGCACCCGCUUCUUUAAAGUGGCCCGGGCGAAACACCGCGAGGGCCUGGUGGUGGUCAAAGUCUUUGCCAUUCAGGACCCAUCUCUGCCUCUGACCAGCUACAAGCAGGAGCUGGAGGAGCUAAAGAUCCGACUACACUCCUGCCAAAAUUGCUUGUCCUUCCAGAAAACCUCCCUGACAGAAAAAGCUGCCAUCUUGUUCCGUCAGUACGUCCGGGACAACUUGUAUGACCGCAUCAGCACCAGGCCUUUCCUAAACAACGUGGAGAAGCGCUGGCUGGCCUUUCAGAUCCUCAACGCUGUUGACCAGGCCCACAAGGCUGGUGUUCGCCAUGGAGACAUCAAGACAGAGAAUGUGAUGGUGACCAGCUGGAACUGGGUUCUUCUCACAGACUUUGCCAGCUUCAAACCCACCUACCUGCCCGAGGACAACCCCGCAGACUUCAACUACUUCUUUGACACGUCCCGACGGAGGACGUGCUACAUCGCACCAGAGAGAUUUGUGGAUGGAAGCAUGUUCACCACAGAGAACGACCAUAACACACCGCUGGUGGACUUGACCAACAACAACCAGAGGAGUCGGGGGGAGCUCAAACAGGCCAUGGACAUUUUCUCUGCAGGCUGUGUGAUAGCGGAGUUGUUUACUGAGGGCGUCCCACUCUUCGAUCUGUCCCAGCUGCUGGCGUAUCGUAAAGGGCUCUUCCAAACAGAGCAGGUUCUAAUGAAGAUUGAGGACCGGAGCAUAAGGGAACUGGUUGCUCAGAUGGUUCAACGAGUGCCUGAAAAGCGUCUGACAGCGGAGGAGUAUCUGAAGCAGCAGAGAGGCCACGCCUUCCCUGACAUCUUCUACACCUUCCUGCAGCCGUACAUGGCUCAGUUUGCUAAAGAAACGUUCCAGUCUGCUGAUGAACGAGUGCUCAUUAUUCGCAAAGACCUUGACAACAUCCUGCACAACUUGAGAGGAGGGCCGUUGUCCUCCACAGAACUUAAUGAGGCAGUGCUGAGCUCCAGGGAGGAGCAGGGCCUCAUUGUGCUGGUAUCUGUCAUCACCUCCUGCCUGCAGACGCUGCGCUCCUGUGACUCUAAACUGGCAGCGUUGGAACUCAUCCUGCACCUGGCUUCACGACUUGCCGUCGAGAUCUUGCUGGAUCGCAUUACACCUUACCUGCUGCACUUCUGUAAUGACCCCAUGCCUCGUGUGCGUGCUCAGGCUGUGCGAACUCUGGCCAAAGUACUGGCGCUGGUGAAGGAUGUGCCGAGAAACGACGUAAACAUCUACCCAGAGUACAUCCUGCCGGGCAUCGCCCACCUGGCCCAGGACGACGCAACCAUCGUCAGGCUGGCGUACGCAGAAAACAUCGCUCACCUGGCAGAGAGCGCGCUGCGUUUCCUGGAGCUGGUUCAGGAAAACAACGUGAACACAGAACAGGACCUGAGUGGUGAGGACACAGAGGAGAUGCUUCACCCCAACGAAAACUACGACUCAGAGUUGCAGGCGCUCCAUGAGAUGGUGCAGCAGAAGGUGGUGACGCUGUUGAGCGACUCUGAGAACAUCGUCAAACAGUCCCUGAUGGAGAACGGCAUCACGCGUCUGUGUGUCUUCUUCGGUCGACAGAAAGCCAAUGACGUUCUGCUGUCUCACAUGAUCACCUUCCUUAACGACAAGAACGACUGGCAUCUGCGAGGAGCCUUCUUUGACAGCAUAGUGGGUGUGGCAGCAUACGUGGGCUGGCAGAGCUCCUCCAUAUUGAAGCCUCUCCUGCAGCAGGGCCUGAGUGACACUGAGGAGUUUGUCAUCUACAAAGCUCUUAAUGCUCUCACUUGUAUGUGCCAGCUGGGGCUGCUGCAGAAACCUCACAUCUACGAGUUUGUCAGUGAUAUUGCUCCGUUCCUAUGUCACCCCAACCUGUGGAUCCGCUACGGGGCUGUGGGCUUCAUCACUGUGGUCGCACAGCACCUCAACGUGGCUGAUGUCUACUGUAAACUGAUGCCCCACCUCAACCCCUUUAUCACCCAGCCCAUUAUCCAGAUCGAUAAGGAGCUGGUUCUGUUGAGCGUUCUGAAGGAGCCGGUGAGUCGCUCCAUAUUUGACUACGCCCUCCGCUCCAAAGACAUCGCCAGCCUCUUUCGACACCUGCUGCUUAGGCAGAAGAAGCGAGCAGGAACCAUCCCAGAAUGUCCCACUCCUGAUGACCCGGCCAUUGCUCAGCUCCUCAAGAAGCUGCUGUCACAGGGGAUGACGGAGGAGGAGGAAGACAAGCUGUUGGCGCUCAAAGACUUCAUGCUGAAAUCCAACAGGGCCAAAGCCAACAUGGGUGAGCAGAGCCACCUGGGAGAGGCGGCUCAGACUGGCGUCAUUGACCUGGCUACACUGGGGAUCACUGGCCGCCAAGUGGACCUGGUCAAGCCCAAAGUAGAGGCCGAGGACAAAAAAGCGAGGAAGCACACGAAGCAGGACUCCACCAUGAACGAGGAAUGGAAGAGUAUGUUUGGUUCCCAAGAGCCGCCCUCCACUCAGCCCAAUGCGACCUCUGAUGGGCCGGCGAGUCAGACCAGGAGAAGCACCGUGGCUCCGGCCGUCCCCAUGCUGCCGUCGGUGCCCAGCGGUCCCACCUACCAACGCCGCAUCAACACCUGCAAGGCAGAGCUGCAGCAGCUGGUGCAGCAGAAGAGGGAGCAAUGCAACGCAGAGCGCAUGGCCAAGCAGAUGAUGGAGAGCGCAGAGUGGGAGAGUCGCCCUCCUCCCCCGGGUUGGCACCCAAAGGGGCUGCUGGUCGCCCACCUCCAUGAACACAAAGCGGCUGUCAACCGAAUCAGAGUCUCAGACGAACACUCCAUCUUCGCCACAGCAUCCAAUGACGGCACAGUCAAAGUCUGGGACAGUCAAAAGAUGGAGGGCAAAACUACGACCACCAGGUCAGUGCUGACCUCUCGUGUUGGUGGUCAUGUGAAGACACUGUCCUUCUGUCAGGGCUCACAUUAUUUGGCUGUUGCCUCAGACAACGGAUCCAUCCAGGUGCUGGCAGUUGAAGCUAGUAAACCACCCAAGUCUCCUAAAGUUCAGCCCUUCCUGUCCAGGACUCUGGACUUACAGGACGACGGCUGCACGGUCGACAUCCAACACUUCAACUCUGGUCCUCAGUCGGUGCUGGCUUACGCCACCGUCAACGGCUCACUGAUUGGUUGGGACCUUCGCUCCAACUCCAACGCCUGGAUGCUCCGCCAUGACCUCCGCCUGGGCCUCAUCACCUCCUUCACUGUGGACAUGCACCAGUGCUGGCUCUGUCUAGGUACGAGCAGCGGCACCAUGGCCUGCUGGGAUAUGCGCUUCCAACUGCCCAUCUCUAACCACUCCCAUCCUGCUCGAGCACGAGUACGACGGCUCCUCAUGCAUCCUCUCUACCAGUCGUCUGUCAUCGCAGCUGUGCAGGGAAAUAACGAAGUGUCGAUGUGGGAUAUGGAGACUGGAGAUCGGAAGUUCACGCUGUGGGCGAGCUCUGCGCCUCCUCUGUCUGAGAUGCAGCCAUCUCCUCACAGUGUUCACGGGAUCUACUGCAGCGCUGCUGAUGGAAACCCUCUGCUGCUGACGGCUGGAUCGGACAUGAGGAUCAGGUUCUGGGACCUGGCAUAUCCAGAAAGAUCCUAUAUUGUUGCCGGAGGAGCCAACGACUCACUGCACUGUCCAUCUGUGCUCUACAGCAGGAAGAUCAUUGAGGGAACUGAAGUAGUACAGGAGAUCCACAGUAAGCAGAAGAGCGGUGUGGUGGAGGACUCGCCGCGUCGUGGCCCAGAAUCCCUCCCUGUGGGACACCAUGACAUCAUCACAGACAUCGCCACCUUCCAGACGACGCAGGGCUUCAUUGUCACCUCAUCCAGAGAUGGAAUCGUCAAAGUGUGGAAGUGAACAGAUGCUUCAGCGGACAUCUGUGGAACAGGUUGCAGGUCCACCUGCAUGUGGAUAAACAAGCCUUACAUGGAAAACAAAAGUCAGAGGAGCCGUAAUUUAGAGUUUGUGAAGGAUCAAAUGAUGUUUUUAAUGUAGACGGUUGAAACGCAUCAGACCAAUUAAACCCGUGUUCCACUUGACACGGAGCAGGUUAAUCUAAAUGUGGUACCAGACUGAACUGGGCCUUUACCUGAAAAUUACCAAUGCAUGUACUGAAUUAAAGAGUAAUUAUUACAUCAAGGUCGUUGACAUGACUCCUACUGUCGCUUUUCCUCCUUUGUUUUGUGCUUGUACAUAUUUUAUUUGAAAUAUAAUGUAAAGUUUAACCUGUAACUUGUAGAAAUGUUUCCAACUGCAGAUGAAACGUGUGAUCUUUGUUUGUGCAUCUGUCAGAUAAAAGCGGCUUCAGUGUC